AGGGAUGGAGUUUGAUUCGUUGCCUGAAGCAUAUGAUUUUUACAAUAUUUACUCAUGGGAGAUUGGUUUCGGAAUAAGAUACGGGUCGUCGAGGAUUAACCCUGCAAAGAGUAAAAUCAGGCAGGACAUUACCUGUGGGUGCGAGGGGAAACCUAGGCGCCCGAACACAAGAUCCGCUUGCUGCGGCUGCCAAGCCAUGAUUCGUUUGCACAGAACAGAUGACCAUGGAUGGUACAUUCAUGAGUUCCGAAGGGACCAUAAUCAUGGGUUGGCAAUGAACAUCGGCGAAAAGAGGCAAUGGUGGUCACAUAGGAACAUUGACCCACACACAAAGGACCUUGUUAGGAACCUCAGGGACAAUAACGUGGGCCUGACCAAGACCUUCAGUGUAAUCGGUAGCUUCUUCGGAUCAAUGGAAAACAUCCCCUUCAACAAGCGGUCACUGAGGACGCUUUGUGCGAGCAUCAGCCGGGACCAUUCGGACGAUGACAUGAGGAAAACAUAUGAUGUUAUGUCAGAAAUGAAGAUGAAAGACCCCAACUUCCGAGACAGCUGCUUGGUAGACGAUGAAGGGAGGAUCAGAGCACUCAUGUGGACAAAUGGGAAGAGUCGUAUGCAGUACCAGCAAUUUGGUGAUGCCAUAACAUUCGACACAACAUACCGCACAAACCAGUAUGACAUGCCAUUUGGACUUUUCGUAGGCGUCAACAACCACUUUCAGAGUAUACUCCUAGGCGCUGUUCUCUUGAUGAAUGAGAAUAUGGAGACUUUCGAGUGGGUAUUCAAAGAAUUCGUCUCUCUUAUGGGGGGGAAACCACCCGUCACCAUACUGACAGAUCAGUGUCGUGCCAUGGAGAUUGCUAUUUCUGCUGUCCUCCCUGACACCACACACCGAUGGUGCAAGUGGCAUGUAUUGCGCAAAGCGAAGGAACACCUGGGAUCAUUCUACUCCAAAGCGGCAGGAUUCCGGGAUGAGUUCCACAAGAUCCUGGAGUACAUGGUAACAGUUGAAGAAUUUGAGCACGCAUGGUCCAUACUUGUCGAGAAGUAUGGUCUAGAGGAUCACCCUUUCAUAACUCAGAUAUAUGAGGUUAGAGAGAAGUGGGCAAAGCCAUACUUUGCAGGAAUUUUCUGUGCUAGAAUGACAAGCACCCAACGAUCCGAGAGCGCAAACCACAUGCUAAAGGGGUUCGUCCCGCCGGGGUCUUCAAUUAAUAUGUUCAUAAGGCAUUACAGCAAGCUCCAAUUUGACAGGGAUCAGGAGGAGAACUACCAGGAGAUGAGGUCCCGGCUGCGAGGCUCAGUGCUCAAUUCCGGACUUCCCAUUGAAGUGCACGCGAGCAAGAUAUACACGCCAAAUGUGUUUGGCUUGUUCCAAAUUCAUCUGUUCCAAUCUGCGUCGUACAUUGUGCGAGAAGUCAUUGAUGGUCACAAAUUCAUGGUGAAACACGUAUUCUCCGAAAGGAGACAGAAAUGGUCCCGGACAGAGUACGAGGUGACCGCUGACCCCGAGAUAGGUUAUUUCAAAUGUGAAUGCGGGAUGUACGAGCACAUGGGAGUGUUGUGCGGGCACGCACUACGGGUCAUGAUCAGUGUUGGUGUGACAGAAAUCCCUGAAUGUCACAUUAUGAAGAGGUGGACCAGAGAUGCGUACCGCGACAUGCCUGCUCAUCUCACGUUGUAUCAAAAAGAUAGCCCUGCCAUGAAAUCCACGAGUUUCCGGCACUCGGCCCUAUACCGAACUGCGAUUGAAAUUGUUCGGAUGGCUGACACCAAUCCAGAAUCAUAUGAGGUAGCAAUGUCCCACUUUCUAGAUGCAAUCCCUAUCCUGACAGAGACAAGCAAGAUGAAAGAUGGCCUUGGUCUAGAAGAGAGAGUUCAGGCAGCAGGUAGAGUGGAACCAUCUGUCAUAUUCGAGAGCAGCACUCUUCGCCCGGACUUUGUCGCUCCUCCAAAAAGGAAAGAAUUGGGUCGACCAACUACAGCAAGAAACAAGCCUGGCUACGAGAAGGUAAGUGUGCCAAGGACAAAAUUCUGCACCAUAUGCCGUAGUAGGGGUCAUAGGGCAGAUCACUGCCCUUCCAAUCAUAACAAGAAGCCACGCAGAGAGGCGCAUUGCUCGAAUUGCGGUCUGCCUGGUCAUAAGAAGACAAAUUGCUUGACUGCCAACUACUAGCAUUCUUGGUUCUGGAAUGCCAUAGCUAUCCAGAAGAAGUCAAGAACCACAUCUCGUGGUCCAUCCUCCCUGGAUGUUAGGCUAGCUCAAUUGUUAGGAACCAGAUACUCUGGAAACAAUGAUUCCGAUCUAAGCAUGUGUGUUGUUUUGGUAGAAUGCCACGUCCCGUGGUCUUUUGUUAUUUUGAGGCAGUUGGAGUUUUUCGUUCUGUUUUCGAUGUGAUCAUGCUGAUGAAAAUGUUGAAAACUGAGUGGAGAGUUUCAUUGUGUGUUUAUGGUCUUCAAAUAUAUCGUUUCACGUACA